AUGCGUCCCCUUCACUCACUUGUUACUCUUUCUCUGGGUCUAGGUGUCGCAGGUAUAGCUCUUCAAGAGCGCUCACUAGAGGAGAGGGCAUUGCAAGUCGCAGAAGGUUCUGCAGUCUUAGUGCUCUUGAAGGGAGUGGCACUUUUGGGUGACAAUGCUUUCGUCUCGAUAGUAUCAGAAGUUUGCAAGCUCUCUGGAGCCGAGGAUGAUGACGUCUGUGAGGGAUCUAUUGCGCUCGAGGGUCCCGUCAUCGCACACGACCUCCGGGAGAUGACCAUUGGCUCCAAGACUGCGCAACUGUUCUGCGUGACUUUUCUAGGGCUCUGCGGCUAUCCUGAUGUCACCCCGAAUACCAUCACCUUCCCGUCGGCGAAGCCAAGCACUGGACGCCCAGCGCCCAGCGGACAGGAACCGAUCAAGGUAGUUCAUUACUCAGAUAUUCACAUUGAUCCCUUCUACGUGGCGGGGUCGAAUGCGAACUGCACGAAGCCGAUCUGCUGCCGGAAUUAUAGCGCAGACGAUUCACCGGGACAGACGGACGCGCCGGCCGGCCCUAAUGGAGAUCAUAACUGCGAUGUCCCGGUUAGCUUAGAGGAUAGCAUGUAUGCGGCCAUCAAGUCUAUCGUACCGGAUGCUGCGUUCACCAUCUUCACCGGUGAUAUCGUGGACCAUGCCGUCUGGAACACGACUCAAGCGCAGAAUACUCUAGAUAUCAAUGAUGCCUACAAUCGUAUGGCAUCUGCAGGGCUGAAUCUCGUAUACGGCACGGCUGGCAACCACGAGAUGUCGCCCACAAACGCAUUUCCCCCGACCGCCGUGGGAAACCAGGCUCAGUGGGUGUACAACCUCUUGUCGGCCGCAUGGCAACGAUGGCUUGGAGUUGCCGAUGCGGCGGAGGCUGAGUCUUUUGGUGCAUACUCAGUCAAGUAUGCUGAUGGAAACCUCAAGGUCAUCUCGCUCAGCACGAAUAUGUACUAUGUCCAGAAUUACUGGCUGUAUGAGAAGACCAUGGAGAAAGAUCCCAGCGGACAGUUUGCGUGGCUUGUCAGCGAGCUAGAUGCCAGCGAGCAGUCAGGAGAAAGAGUGUAUAUUAUUGGACAUAUGCCUAUGGGCACUUCGGACACUUUUCAUGAUGGGUCGAAUUAUUUUGACCAGAUUGUCAACCGCUACUCUUCCACAAUUGCGGCUAUGUUCUUUGGCCAUACUCAUGUGGACCAUUUCGAGAUUCACUAUUCCUCCUAUACUAAUAGAAACUACUCAAACGCCCUGGUCACCUCCUACAUCGCCCCGUCCUUGACGCCUACAUCAGGCCACCCAGCCUUCCGCGUCUACGAUGUCGACCCAGUUAGCUUCGCCGUCUUGGAUUCAGUCACUUACAUUGCAGACAUGACCAAUCCAUCCUACCAGACAACCGGCCCCGUCUGGACCAAGUAUUACUCCGCCAAGGAAGCAUAUGGAUCCCUAGUCUCACCACCCGUCACGGAGGCAUCCGCAGAGCUGUCCCCAGCUUUCUGGCACAACGUAACCCUCGCGCUGGCAGCUGACUCAAGCGCCUUCAACGAGUACUACGCACGCAAGAGCCGCGGCUGGGAUGUAGAGUCUUGCACGGGCUCGUGCGCGACACUGGAGAUAUGCGAGCUGCAGAGCGGGAGGGCGCAGGACAAUUGCGUGACGCCGACACCGGGUGUGCAUUUCAGUAAGAGAGCGGAGGAGGAUGGAGCGGCUGGGCAUGUGGAUGAGUGUGGUGUUUCGGUUGCGAGGUCGGCGUUGGCGAGUUUGAUGGUGAGGAAGGAUAUGUUAGAAUUACUUGAAAAUAAACUGCUCGAGAAGAGGGUGAUGGCUUAG